AUGGAGCAUGCCAACAGGAGCGAACAACAUGCCUAUAACACACAUGACGAGAACCUAGGGUCUCUAUAUCAAGGUCUACCACGGGACGCCAAAAUCGGGAUCAUCGUCGGUAUCGUGGUCAUCGUAUCGCUUUCCCUACUUGGCUGUGGUAUGUGCUUCCUCGACUGCAGAAGACGGCAACGAAAACGCAAAGAGCGCCGCGAUAGUCGCGAGGCCGAAUUGGUGAUGCUGGAGAUGGAGAUGAGAAACGGGCACACCGAGCAGCAGAAGUGCGCUCGGAAAGGUCUUUGGGAUCACUUAAAGCCAGCGAGUGUCGAUGGAGGCGCAAACGCCACUGAAGUUACGCGCGAAGAUGCUACGACACAAUCAGAUGCGCUGUACGGCAGGAACGAUAGUGCGGAUGGAGAAAAGAAGACCGCGGCGCGUACGCAACCGUCGCACAGAUUGAGGAAGCGAGCACUGAGUUGGCGCCAGGGGAAGGGGAUCGAAAAUGGGUCGUCUCAGCUAGCAAAUGGUCACAUCAACGGGUCUGUUGAAGAAUCUUCAGAACUAGACUCAAGCGACGACACACCAACCGCGGAAGAUUUUGCAACCCUCCCCAAAGUGGCCGACAAACUUCCCUGGGGCGCUUUUCUUGUCGCUAUAGUGGAGCUUUGCGAACGCUUCGCCUAUUAUGGUCUAUCCGGGCCUUUCCAAAACUACAUGGCAAACAAGUACAACGACCCAAAUGGUCUUCCAGGAGCACUCGGUCUGAAGCAGUCCCGUGCAACUGCGUUAUCAAACUUCUUCCAAUUCUGGUGCUACAUCACUCCAACCCUGGGUGCGAUCGUAGCAGAUCAGUAUCUUGGCAAGUACUUGACGAUCAAAUAUUUUUCCGUUCUGUACAUGUUUGGCAUAGUCGUGCUGUUCGUUACGAGUCUACCCUAUUCGAUCGAGCAUGGUGGCGCAUUCCCAGGACUAAUUAUGGCUAUGAUCAUCAUCGGGCUCGGCACUGGGGGUAUCAAGUCCAAUGUUUCACCGCUAAUUGCAGAGCAAGUGCAGUCCACGAAACCCUUCAUCAGACACCUACCAAGCGGCAAGCGGGUGAUAGUGGAUCCUGAAGUCACGGUGCAGCGUAUCUACAUGAUCUUCUAUAUGUGUAUCAAUGUAGGAUCCAUAUCCGCCAUUGCAACUACAACGCUUGAAUUACACGUUGGCUUCUGGGCCGCUUUUCUUCUUCCCUUACUCAUGUUCGGCGUCGGCUUCUGGGUUCUCGUAUCGGGCAGAGAGAAGUACGUGAUCAAGCCACCACAAGGUGGCGUGAUAGGGGAUUGUCUAAAAGCACUUUGGAUCGCCUCCCGACACCGCUUCGAUCUUGACAGCGCAAAGCCAUCGCUCCAAGGACCUGGUCAGAAGAGACAUCGCAUAACCUGGGAUGACAAGUUCGUUGAUGAGCUGAAGACGGCGCUGCUGGCUUGCAAAGUCUUUCUCUUCUUUCCCAUCUACUGGCUCGCGUUCUCGCAAAUGAUGAAUAAUUUCGUUUCGCAAGCGGGCCAAAUGCAGCUCCAUGGUCUCCCAAAUGACAUCCUCCCCAACAUCGACCCCAUAACCCUCAUCAUCCUCAUCCCCAUCGUCGACCGCAUCAUCUACCCCUUCCUCCGCACGCGUCUCCACCUCGCGUUCACGCCCAUCACGCGCAUUACAUGGGGUUUCAUCAUCGCCUCGCUAAGCAUGACCUACGCUGCCUUCGUGCAAUCACGCAUCUACGCCGCAGCACCGUGCUAUUCCCAGCCCUCGGUCUGUGAAGCUGGGAAGAUCGCCGAGGGCAAAUACGAACCGAACCAAGUUCACGUCGCGUGGCAGGCGCCUGCGUACAUCCUAGUCGCCCUGAGCGAGAUCUUGGCUAGCAUCACCGGCUUGGAGCUAGCGUACGCGAAGGCGCCUGAGAACAUGAAGAGCUUCAUCAUGUCGCUUUUCCUGUUGACGUCUGCGGCGGGAAGCGCGUUGGGGAUCUUUAUUGCGCCGUUGGGAACGGAUCCGCAUUUGGUGUGGUUUUAUGGGGGGCUUGCGGUUGCGGCUGGGACUACGGGUGGGGUCUUCCAUUGGAUGUUUAGGGGUGUAGAUGAGGUUGGAGGUGUGAGAACAAAGGGUAUGCACGUGCAGGGUGCAGUGGAGGAGGAGAUCGAAUUGUUAGAGCGGGUGAGUGGGGAUUUCCGGGAGGCGGCUGAGGCGCGUGUCUAG